AUGGUUAAAGUAGGUAAAUUAGCAAAGGCAUUGGGUAACAGUACAAAAGACAACAUUCAAGAAAAGGCUGAAGAGUUUGGUAAUCAAUUAAAAGAAAACCCUCUUGCUGUGAUUGAUGUUAGUAUCGUUGUCAAUUUUGUUCAAGAUCCACUUGGUGUAUUGGAAGAGACAUUGACUGAUCCUGAAUUCAUUGGUUCUUGUAUCUCUACUGCUCUUGAAUGUGUUCCAGGAGUAGGUCCCAUUUUAGCAAGUGUAUUCUCAAUGUUUUGGCCUGCCGAUCCUGCCAAACAACCAAUCACUCAAGAAGAAUUGGACAAGAGACUAGAAGAAUUUAAAACUGAAAUGAUUGGUAUCAUGGAUAAAAAGAUUGCAGAUAGUGAAGUUAAAACAUGGAAAAACAUUUGUGAAGCAUUCUUUAAUGGAAUUGUUAGUUCUGCUCCCAUCCUUCAAGACAAGAUCAAUACACUCAAACAUCGUUUAGCAGAGGAUGGAAAGGCUGACUCUUCACUCAAAACCUAUGUCAGAGAAGCAUUGGAACUUCAAAGAGUCCAAAUCAAGACAAUCAUCCAAUUCUGUGCAUCCAAAGAGUUCCAAAAGGAUACUGUCAAAUUUUAUCAAGACAGUUUAUUCAUGUACCUUUCAGUAAUGAAUGUAUUAAAUACAUGGUGGUAUCAAUUGGAUGUCGAUCCAUACUUUAUCAGUGGAAAGGCUGCAAAUGAAAAUGCAGGUGAAGUUAAAUCAUUGAGAGAAAGAAUUCAUAUUACUUUACAAAAGGGUAUUACCGAUAUUGCAGCUGGUGCCAGACAAGCCAAAGCAGAUGAGAUUCCAGAUUUCUUCAACAAUGGCCAUCUCUUGUUAAAGAAUGAUGCAUGGUGGUACCCAGUCAAACUUUUAAUCCAUCCAGAACAAAAGAGACCUGUUGACACCUCGUUUGCAAAUAGAACCUUUUAUUGCGACCCACUCGUACUUCCAGACCUCGAGAAUGCCUACAUCUAUCGUGUCGAUGCCGCCUAUUUCUACCCAGGCCAGAAACAAGAUUACAUGGAAGGUAGACGUAAUUUUCCACCAAGUAUCGAGCCAGUAUCUGGAUGCUACGGUCUCUACCCAACACCUGGAUCCUCUCUUCCAAUCAAGAUCAAUGGUGGCAAGAGAAAGGUGCAAGUUCGUAUUUUGACCUCCUCUUCUUUGACCAAAACUACAUUGCACUGCUGUGACACUCAAUCCUAUGAUUAUGAAACAAGAAAGAAUAAGUUCAACAGAUCUAUCGUAGAUCCACUUGGAGUUGUCGAGACUACCUAUCUUAACAGUGGAUUGGCAUGGAGUCAAUUGAUGCACACUAACUCCUUGGAACUUGGAUUCUCUGGAUUCUUCCCUCAAUUCAAAUACUAUCCAGAAAGAGUAUUUUUUGUUGAAUUCAUCGUUCAUGAUAAGUCUGAUCAAAGCCCAUUGACCGACGUUCCACUUCCCGCUGAUAAUGAAGUUUUUUUUUCUGCUGCUCCAGAAGAAGAAGAAGAAGAUUAUUAA